UUCUUGGCAAAUGGAGCUGGCGAGUGGCAGAGCUGAGAGGGAAACAGACGCGUCCAGCCCAGUGUGUUCACAGCCCUGGUGCCCAUCCACGGCCCCCAGCUGCUGACAGCUGGAACUCUACCUGCUCACCUUGGCACCUCAGACACCAGAGGACCAGCGUAUUUGCUCCUGCAGGUCUGUGAGGGAAGAGGGAAGAGUCCACACCACGGAACCCUAGACUCCGGGCUCCCAAAGAAGCGCCGAUCAGCCAGAACGUAAGAUGGCCCCGCCCAGCCUCGUGCUCUGCCUUCUGUCUGCCAGCGCCUUCGCCCUGCUAGACGGCAGCACGGCCUUCCUGUCACACCACCGCCUGAAGGGCCGGUUUCAGAGGGACCGUCGGAACAUCCGGCCCAACAUCAUCCUGGUGCUGACGGACGACCAGGACGUGGAGCUGGGGUCCAUGCAGGUGAUGAACAAGACGCGGCGCAUCAUGGAGCAGGGCGGGGCGCACUUCAUCAACGCCUUCGUGACCACGCCCAUGUGCUGCCCCUCACGCUCCUCCAUCCUCACCGGCAAGUACGUCCACAACCACAACACCUACACCAACAACGAGAACUGCUCCUCGCCAUCCUGGCAGGCGCAGCACGAGAGCCGCACCUUCGCCGUGUACCUCAACAGCACCGGCUACCGGACAGCUUUCUUUGGGAAGUACCUUAAUGAGUACAAUGGUUCCUAUGUGCCUCCAGGCUGGAAGGAGUGGGUCGGACUCCUUAAAAACUCCCGCUUUUAUAACUACACUCUUUGUCGGAACGGGGUGAAGGAGAAACACGGCUUCGACUACUCCAAGGAUUACCUCACAGACCUCAUCACCAACGACAGCGUGAGCUUCUUCCGCACGUCCAAGAAGAUGUACCCGCACAGGCCGGUCCUAAUGGUCAUCAGCCAUGCGGCCCCGCACGGCCCCGAGGACUCAGCCCCUCAGUACUCACGCCUCUUCCCCAACGCAUCUCAGCACAUCACGCCCAGCUACAACUACGCGCCCAACCCUGACAAGCACUGGAUCAUGCGCUACACGGGGCCCAUGAAGCCCAUCCACAUGGAGUUCACCAACAUGCUGCAGCGGCGGCGCCUGCAGACCCUCAUGUCCGUGGACGACUCCAUGGAGACGAUUUACAACAUGCUGGUGGAGACGGGUGAGCUGGACAACACCUACAUCGUCUACACUGCCGACCACGGCUACCACAUCGGCCAGUUCGGCCUGGUGAAAGGGAAGUCCAUGCCGUACGAGUUCGACAUCAGGGUGCCCUUCUACGUGAGGGGCCCCAACGUGGAGGCGGGCUCUCUGAAUCCCCACAUCGUCCUCAACAUCGACCUGGCGCCCACCAUCCUGGACAUCGCAGGGCUGGACAUCCCCUCCGACAUGGACGGGAAGUCCAUCCUCAAGCUGCUGGACACUGAGCGACCGGCGAAUCGGUUUCACUUAAAAAAGAAGAUGAGGGUCUGGAGGGACUCCUUCCUGGUGGAGAGAGGCAAACUGCUCCACAAGAGGGACAGCGACAAGGUGGAUGCCCAGCAGGAGAACUUCCUGCCCAAGUACCAGCGUGUGAAGGACCUGUGUCAGCGUGCCGAGUACCAGACGGCCUGUGAGCAGCUGGGACAGAAGUGGCAGUGUGUGGAGGACACCUCGGGGAAGCUGAAGCUGCACAAGUGCAAGGGCCCCGUGCGGCUGGGCGGCGGUGGGGCCCUCUCCAACCUCGUGCCCAAGUCCUACGGGCAGGGCAGCGAGGCCUGCACCUGCGACGGCACCGACUACAAGCUCAGCCUGGCCGGACGCCGCAAGAAGCUCUUCAAGAAGAAGUACAAGGCCGGCUAUGCCCGGAACCGCUCCAUCCGCUCCGUGGCCAUCGAGGUGGACGGCCAGGUGUACCACGUGGGCCUGGACGCCGCCUCCCUGCGCCACAACCUCACCAAGCGGCACCGGCCAGGGGCCCCUGAGGACCAAGACGACAAGGACGGUGGGGACUUCAGUGGCACAGGAGGCCUUCCAGACUACUCAGCCCCUAACCCCAUUAAGGUGACACACCGGUGCUACAUCCUGGAGAAUGACACAGUCCAGUGCGACCUGGACCUGUACAAAUCCCUGCAGGCCUGGAAAGACCACAAGCUGCACAUCGACCACGAGAUCGAAACUCUGCAGAACAAAAUUAAGAACCUGCGGGAAGUCCGUGGUCACCUGAAGAAAAAGCGGCCAGAAGAAUGCGACUGUCACAAAAACAGUUACCACGCCCAGCACAAAGGCCGCCUCCAGCACAAAGGCUCCAGCCUGCACCCUUUCAGGAAGGGUCUACAGGAGAAGGACAAGGUGUGGCUGCUGCGGGAGCAGAAGCGCAAGAAGAAACUCCGCAAGCUGCUCAAGCGUCUGCAGAACAACGACACGUGCAGCAUGCCAGGCCUCACGUGCUUCACCCACGACAACCAGCACUGGCAGACGGCGCCUCUCUGGACACUGGGGCCUUUCUGUGCUUGCACCAGCGCCAACAACAACACAUACUGGUGCAUGAGGACAAUCAACGAGACCCACAAUUUCCUCUUCUGUGAAUUUGCAACCGGCUUCCUGGAGUACUUUGAUCUCAACACAGACCCCUACCAGCUGAUGAACGCGGUGAGCACGCUGGACAGGGACGUCCUCAACCAGCUGCACGUGCAGCUCAUGGAGCUGCGGGGCUGCAAGGGUCACAAGCAGUGCAACCCCCGGACCCGCAACGUGGACCUGGGACUUAAAGAUGGAGGAAGCUACGAGCAGUACAGGCAGUUUCAGCGUCGAAAGUGGCCAGAAAUGAAGAGACCUUCUUCCAAAUCACUGGGGCAGCUGUGGGAAGGCUGGGAAGGCUAGGAUCAACAGACGUGGACUCCCCGAAGCACAGAGGCUUCACCUGAUGGUGCAGGCAGUGUUAACCACGCGUGAGGAGGCUGGGAGGCCCGACAGACAGAACUCACUUUCAGUCAGUGACCCAUCCUGGAGAACCAUCGGGAGCAGAGAGAACGUCAGGAAAUCCAUUUUGCCCUUGCUUUUGCUUUGGAUUGUACCUCACCAGCUGCACAAGGUUCAUUUUCACAUCAGAAAGUCACCACUAACCCUCCCGGAGAGCCUCAUAAGGGAAAAAGGCAGAGAUGUUCUUGGAAACACCCCCCAAGGGUGAAAAGUCACUGGAAUUUUGCUUUUAAAUUGUAAGGGAAAAAACGAUCCCAGUUUAAAUCCUGUUCUUUUGAUUCAUCGCAAAGAGGAAACGAAGGAGCGGGACAGAGCGGCCUGCAGGGGCAGAUGCUGAGGACAGCGCACAGAGCUUGCCGACGAGGCGGAGCACAGAAGUGCCACCAACGAGGAACGGUAGCCCUGGUUGCCUCUGGAGACUGACUUCACUGUACAUACGGGACUGUUUACAUGUAACCAACACGGGAACGUUUAGGGGAAUCUGACUAAUAAGAAACCCAGUUUUCAGGAGUGCUGGUGUCAAUAAACGCGCUCUGUGGCCUGUGUGAAAGAAAAGCCCUGCCGUCGUGGCCAUGCCUGUUCCUUGCCCACACACCGUUUCCCUCGGUAGUCCUCUGUUAUCUGUCCCGGAACUGAUGUUUUUUUUUAAGAUACUGAAAAGAAAUGAAGUUGAUGUAUGUCCCCACAUUUUAAUGCAAUUGUAUUUGUAAAGAGAUUUUGUAGUCUAAGUAUUGUCAUACGUUGUUCAAAACUAGCCAACGACCAGCAGUUGGUAUGAAAAAACCUUUGACAUUUUGUAAAAGGCCAUUCUUGGGA